AUGUCAUUGUACGAAACGGUUAACAUUCCACAGUUGAACAUUACAUAUGAGCAGCCAUUGGGGUUGUUCAUCAACAACGAGUUUGUCAAGUCCAGUGACGGUAAGAAAAUUGAAAGCAUCAACCCAAGUACUGAGGAAUCGAUUGUCUCUUUUUUUGCAGCUUCUGAAAAAGAUGUCAAUAGUGCUGUUACAGCAGCAAGAGAUGCUUUUGAAAACAAUUGGUCCAAGACAUCAGGCGAACAGAGAGGAAUUCUUUUGUCGAAGUUAUUUGAUUUGAUUGAGAGAGAUAAGUUAUUGCUAGCUGCGAUUGAGACGUUAGAUUCGGGGAAGCCUUACCACUCUAAUAGUCUUGCUGAUCUUGAACAAAUCUUGCAAUUAACUCGUUACUAUGCUGGCGGUGCUGAUAAGUUCACCGGAGGGGAAUAUAUUCCAUUAAACCAAGACAAGUAUGCGUAUACCAUGAAGGUACCUUAUGGUGUUGUUGCACAAAUUGUUCCAUGGAAUUAUCCCUUGGCUAUGGCUAGCUGGAAAAUCCAAUCGUGUUUGGCUGCUGGUAACACUAUUGUUAUCAAGCCAGCAGAGAACACUUCUUUGUCUUUGCUUUACUUCGCACAACUUGUCAAAGAGGCUGGCUUUCCUCCAGGUGUGUUGAAUAUCUUACCAGGUUAUGGUUCCGUUACGGGAACUGCAAUGGCUAGCCACACUGACAUAGACAAGAUUGCGUUUACUGGUUCGACCGCUGUUGGACAAAAAGUCAUGUCACUUGCUGCCCAAUCAAACUUGAAAGCUGUUACUUUGGAAUGCGGUGGUAAGUCUCCAUGUCUAAUUUUUGCUGAUGCCAACCUUGAUGAAGCCAUUCCUUGGGUUGCUGGAGGUAUCUUCUAUAACUCAGGGCAGAAUUGUACAGCAAACUCGAGGAUCUACGUCCACGAGGAUAUUUACGAAGAGUUUUUAACUAAAUUUGAAGAAUACGCUAAAUCAAACUGGAAGUUCGGAGCUAAAUUCGAUCCUUUCGAUAAAGACUGUACUCUAGGGCCUGUUAUUUCAAAAGUCCAAUAUGAUCGUAUCCAAUCCUAUGUUGAACAUGGUAAAGCCUCUGAGAAACUAGGCUUCAAGGAGUUUGCCGAAUAUCCUUCUAAGGGUUAUUUUAUCCCACCUACUAUAUUUUCAGAUGUUCCAAACUCUUCGAAACUCUCUCAAGAAGAAAUUUUUGGACCGGUGGGUGUUGUGGCAUCAUUUUCAACUUAUGAGGAAGCCAUCAAGUUGGCAAAUGACUCCUCUUACGGUUUGGCUUCUUGUGUUUUCUCUGAAAAUGCCCGAACAACAGCACAAUUUGCUCGCGAUAUUAGGGCAGGUACCGUUUGGAUCAAUUCUUCCAAUGACGAAGAAAUUUCUGUUCCAUUUGGUGGGUUCAAAAUGUCCGGUAUUGGUCGUGAAUUGGGGCGUAACGGUGUUGACUCUUAUUUGCAAACAAAAGCUGUUCACGUAAAUAUUGCAAAGCUGUGA